GUUGAUUUGGGUAAAGCAAACCAUUAGUUCCCGGAACCUUGACACUAACACAAACAGAGGGAUUUUGACAAAAGUGAACAAAGCGAAACCGCGGAAGAACAGAUUCCUCACGCAGCGUUGGUUUGCUUCCAUUCUCUGUGUUGCGCAUUCACAUCACUUCCCUCUCCGCAAGCCAAGAAUAUAUGCUUUUACGUUCAUUUCUCUCUUUCUUCCCUUUUUUUCUCUUUCGCUCCGCUCGGAGAUCUACACAACGUUCUAGUAUUGGGCAAAUGCAACUGCUAGUGAAAAUUGGGUAGCUAAUUUGUGGAGUGACACACCCCUGAAACUCGGAAAGCUGUGGUAGUAAUGGAUCUUGAUGGGGGGAGUUCGCCAACAGUUAGCACAGGAGUGCAGGAAAUUCCAGGACGUUCAACACAACGUGGUGCAUUCUAUCAGUUUACACAGCAGAACCUUCCAGCAUGCAAACCUGUUCUUACACCUGCAGCAAUCAUCGCCACAUUUCUAUUGAUGGGUUUAAUUUUCAUUCCUAUUGGACUUGUUACACUUCGUGCCUCAAAUAGUGUUGUUGAAAUUGUUGAUAGGUAUGACAUGGAUUGUAUACCUGAAGAAUAUAGAAAUAACAAGGUCGCAUAUAUUAAAGAUGACUUAAUCUCCAAAAACUGUUCACGAUUCUUAAAGGUACUUAAGCCAAUGAAAGCACCAAUUUAUAUCUAUUACCAGCUUGAUAACUAUUACCAAAACCACCGACGGUAUGUCAAAAGUAGAAGUGACCUGCAGCUCUUACAUGGACUUGGAUACAAUGACACCAGUUCUUGUAAACCUUUAGAGUCCUCCCAUAAUCUUCCAGUUGUACCUUGUGGGUUGAUAGCGUGGAGUUUGUUCAAUGAUACAUAUAAAUUCAGUCGUGGGCCAUCAGAGUUGAAGGUCAAUCGGAAGAAUAUUGCUUGGAAGAGUGAUCGUGAUCAUAAAUUUGGAAAACAUGUUUACCCAUUUAAUUUUCAAAAUGGGACUUUGAUUGGGGGUGGAAAGCUGGAUCCAAGUAUUCCUCUUGGUGAUCAAGAAGAUCUCAUUGUUUGGAUGAGGACUGCUGCUCUCCCCAGCUUCAGAAAGUUAUAUGGUAGAAUUGAAGAGGAUUUGGAUGUAGAUGAUGUUAUAGUAGUCCACCUGAUAAAUAACUAUAACACUUACAGUUUUGGUGGAAAGAAGAAGCUUGUUCUGUCAACAUCAAGCUGGUUGGGUGGAAAAAAUGACUUCCUUGGAGUUGCAAAUUUAUUUGUUGGCGCCUUUUGUAUAUUCAUCUCCAUCAUCUUCCUGUUGCUUCAUAUGAAAAAUCCUAGGACAGACCUUAUGGGGACAUGGCCUACUUAUCUUGGAAUAGGAAAAACAUUGCCAGUUGAUAAAGGACAUGGUAUGGUACACUGGUGGUUGUACUUUUCUUAAUGCGAUACACAAGAUACGUAUUCUUGCUAUUAAAAACUUGUGUAUUUAACUGUAAAUGAUGAGGCAGAGCAAGCAUCUCCUUUUGGUUUAACUAUUAUGGAAAUGAGCCGUUAGGAAUGGAAUAGUUGAGAGCUUGGGUGUUUGCAUGAGGUUAUGAAUCAAACCUCAGCAAUGCCAUUGUACACAAAAAAAACACUAUAUUGAAAUAGAAACCGUAUAUGGUCUUGUAUUUUGCAGCAUAUUUUUACAGAACAGAGUUAAAACACAGAUGCAAGGGGUGCUUUUACUUACCA